GCUGGGCAUUCACUGAAGUCAGCUACUUUGAAAGCAAGUCCAGCUCACUGCUCACAGGUGGUCAGGGAACUGUCAACCCCACACCUGCAGCAAACGCCGGGGUCAACCCUAACCUGUCGCCUCAGUUUCACCAUCUGUGAACCGCCGGGCUGCCCACUCCCGCCCCGCGGUGUGGACUCCGACCCGGCAGGUCGCGGAGCGCCCGCCGCCAUCCAGGCCCACACCCGAGGCCGGUGCACAGGCCGGAGGGUCGCUCGGACCCGCGCCGGCCUCGCCCCCCACCCUCCCUCCACCGAGCUCGGCCCGGAGCCGAGAGGCGUGGCUGGGGAAGGGCCACGGCGGCGGCCAUGGCCUCGCUGGUGGAGUACAAGGGCCGUAAGGCCGGCUACCGAUGCGGCUACUGCGACUCCAACGAGGGCAAGGCGUCCUGCGGCAUGUGGGCACAUUCCAUGACAGUGCAGGAUUAUCAGGAUCUUAUAGAUCGAGGAUGGAGAAGAAGUGGGAAGUAUGUAUACAAGCCUGUCAUGGAUCAGACAUGCUGUCCUCAGUAUACAAUAAGGUGUCGACCUUUACUGUUUCAGCCAUCAAAAUCUCACAAGAAGGUUUUGAAAAAAAUGUUGAAGUUUCUGGCUAAAGGGGAGAUUUCUAAAGGAAGUUUUGAAGAUGAGCCCAUGGAUUCCACAAUGGAGGAUGCUGUUGGUGGUGACUUUGCAUUAAUAAAUAAGUUGGAUCUAAAGUGUGAUCUUAAAACACUCAGCAGUGACCUCAAAGCAAGCAUAGAGAGUGAAGAAAAGAAGAAAGAAAAAAGUUCAAAGAAAGAAGGAUCUAAUGAAUUAAUAGAUCCCCAGGUGAUAGAGGAGAAGCUGGGCUCUGGUGAACCAUCACAUUCAAUCAAAGUUCAUAGAGGUCCUAAGCCAGGUAAAGGGGCGGAUUUGAGUAAGCCUCCAUGUCGAAAAGCGAAGGAAAUGCGUAAAGAAAGGAGACAGUUGAAACUCAGGCAGCAGGCACCCGCUGGAGCCUUUGAGGGGCUCCAGGCUCCAGGCCAGCCAGCGUCUUCCUUACCAAAGGCUAAAUCCAAUCAGCCCAAAUCCCUUGAAGAUUUAAUUUUUGAGUCUUCACCAGAGAAUGCAUCACACAAGUUAGAGGUGAGGGUGGUGAGAUCUUCUCCGCCAAGUCCUCAGUUCAAAGCCACAUUUCAGGAAUCUUACCAGGUCUAUAAGCGUUACCAGAUGGUUAUUCACAAGGAUCCACCUGAUAAACCAACUGUGAGCCAGGUGAGGCUAGUCCCUGUCUCCUUUGAGGACCCAGAGUUCAAGUCGUCCUUCAGCCAGUCCUUUUCUUUAUAUGUCAAGUAUCAGAUGACCAUACACCAGGAUCCGCCUGAUGAAUGUGGAAAGACCGAGUUCACCAGAUUCCUUUGCAGUUCACCUUUGGAGGCAGAGCAUCCUGCUAAUGGACCAGAGUGUGGGUAUGGCUCCUUUCACCAGCAGUACUGGCUUGAUGGGAAGAUCAUUGCUGUGGGGGUGAUUGACAUCCUUCCAUACUGUGUUUCAUCUGUGUAUUUAUACUACGAUCCUGAUUAUUCAUUUCUAUCUUUGGGUGUCUACUCAGCGUUAAGAGAAAUUGCUUUUACUAGACAGCUCCAUGAAAGAACUUCUCAAGUCAGCUAUUAUUACAUGGGUUUCUACAUUCACUCCUGUCCCAAGAUGAAAUAUAAGGGUCAGUAUAGACCUUCUGAUUUGCUGUGUCCUGAGACAUAUAUCUGGGUACCCAUUGAGCAGUGCCUGCCUUCUCUUGACAACUCCAAGUACUGCCGUUUCAACCAGGAUCCACAAGCAGUGGAUGAAGGCCGCAGUAAGGAACCUGACCGACUACGAGUGUUUCACAAAAAAUCUGUCAUGCCUUAUGGUGUUUAUAAGAAUCACCAGAAAGACUCAAGUGAGGAGGCCACCGUGCUACAGUACGCAAGCCUGGUGGGACAGAAGUGCUCCGAGAGGAUGCUGCUGUUCAGAAACUGAACCCUGCACCAUAGCCCUGCAUCGGGCUCUGGGGCAUUCCCUGCCCAGUGCGGCCUGUGCCUCCCGAACUGCAGCUGUCCACCAAGUACAUGUUCCAUUGUGACGGUCUGAGAGCUUUUCUAAACUAUUUUAUGGUGUUAUAUUUGUGAGAAUUUCAUGGUUAAUAUAAAGAUUUUAAAAAUAUGUUAUGACCUAGCCCCAUAAUUGGGACUUGCCAUUUUGAAGUUUGAGUCUGGAGCAGGAGGUGUUAAAUAUUAUCUUCAGUAAGUAUUUUGGGAAGGACAUUAAGAAGUGAGUCUAAGUGAUUUCAUCACAGUUACACUGUUUUUAUUCUACUAGAGAAAUUCUAACACAAUGUUUGCUCAGACCCAUGCAAAACGUGUGUGCUGGGAACCCUCAAGUGUGGGGAUGAAAAAGGACAGCUUGUCUCCUUGCCAGGAAAUGUGUCUCUUUACACAGUAGAACUUUUGUCACUUGAUGGUCAAUAUUAAAUUACUGCCAAUGUUAUGUGUAGUUUAAUAGAGAACUUGAAACAUAAGCACUGCAGAGGUCUUGUGUUCACACUGGGUGUCUGUCUGUCCAGGACAGUCCUGCCCACAUCUGUUGUCCUUGGCCUAAUGUUUUCCCUAGAAUAAUUGUUGCCAGUGAUCCCUUAUACCCCUAGAAGUGUCCCAGCUUAGAUGAUAAAGUAUGCAAUGACUUUAGAGGUAUUUGUUCAAUUUCUCAAAAAUCUAAGAAACAUAUUGUAGAGAAUAGUUAACUCUGCUUGAUCUGAAGCUCAUCCAGAGAACACAGGUACCAGCUUUUCAUUCCUUGGGACUCGGGGCACUUGUCGUGGUUAGAGAUGGAAGCUGGUUAGUACUUAACAGCUCCUACAGUUAUGCCACAAGUCAAUGGAACCGGUGGGGCCUCCUAACCUCUCAUUCCUUCUCCGACCCUCUGUGUCAGAGAACAGGCACCCCCAUUAGCACUUCAAGGCCGAGGCCGGCCACUCUCCUCUCUUGCUUUGUUAGGCCCUUUCCUCUAGUACCAUAUGCCUGCUGUCAAGGCAGCCGGCCGCCAGCUGGGCAAAGAGGCACAGUAAGCAUGGCAGGCAAGCUUGUUACUGGAGACAGGAGGAGCAGAGAAGGGCCCCUCGCUUGUGCUCGUUCUCAUUCGGCCUCCUCUGCUGCCAGCCGCUCACCACCCAGCCCUUUCAGCUCCAGCUGCUCACUUUCCUCCUUUCUGUUGGUUGGUAGUUUUAAAGACCCUAUUAUAAAAGUCCCAAUGCUCAUUUUAACUUUGCCCCAAAAUGCACUACACUGUAAUAAAAUAUUGGUAAUCUUCAGCAAAUGAGAAUAUAAAAACAUAAAAGAUUUAAAAAUUCCAACAUCCAUGUAAACUCUGUACGUUGUGUGUGCACUUGUGUGUAUGCGAACUGCAGUAUGACACACUCUUUGCUAAUCCAGAAUAGGGGAUGGAAGAGAGACAUUUUCCCUGGUUGCCAAAAUCCUGUGUUCUUCUGGAGUUUUGACCUAAAAUGAGUCUCCUGAGAAAGUGUAAAAGAGUUAGUUUGGAACUGCCUUCAGAAUCCUCCCUCUACAAUGAAGAUAGCUUUGCUUUAAUUUUUUAAAAUUUUAAAACAAAAAUAAUACUCAUGAUAAGCAACUAAAACACUGAGAAAAGAAAGUAACAGAAAUCUGAACUCUUGCCCCACCUAGAGAAAGAGAGCAGCAUAAUGUAAGCCCCCAGCAACACAUCACUUGAUCCAAACCAAACCGUGUGCUCGUUACUGUUCAGUUAUGUGUGGAUAUGUGGGUGUGAAAAUCUUCAAAAUGACUUGUAGAAGGUGUAGUAGGUAAUCGCAGUACUAUUAAGUAGAAUGGGGUUGGCAGCCAGGCUGCACUGCAUCCCAUUUUCCCUUUGUGGAUGGUAUGUAGAUGGUACUCAAAGGUGAAGAGAAAACCAGUCCAAAAUCUUACCUCAACUCUUUGAGUUUUUCCUUCAGAGUUCAGAGGGAAAUGAUUGAUCAUCCCUGUCUACACUGGUAACCUGAGUCUAGCGUGGCUCCAGUGAAACAUAAAGAGUGUCAGCUCAGGUGCUGUGUACAUACACACACACACACACACACACACAGAGUCUUCAGUUGCUGUGUUCACACUCAAACACAAUAUAUAUAUUUUUUAAUAGUGUACGAUUUUAGGGCUUUAGAUGUCUUCAAAGAUGCAUACCUGCAACUGGAGAGAUAGCUCAGUAAAGUGCUUACUUUGCAAGCAUGAAGACCUGAGUUCAGUUCCUCAGAACCCACAUAAAAAUACACAUGCAUGGGGGCAGGGGAAGGUAAGUCCUUGGGGCUCAUUGGCCAGCAGCCUAGUCUAGUGGGUAAGCUCCAACCCAGUGAGAGAUCCUGUUUCAAAAAAGAGGUGUAUUGCAUUUCUCAGGAUGACACUCAUUGUACACGCACCCUGACACGUGUGACUCAACAUUUAAAAAGUGCAUACUUUUGAGCUCUUCUUGAGGUCUACAGUGGACUAAGAUAGGACAAUCAAGAGAAGUCCCCCAUUCUGCACAGUCUAGCUGUGAUGCCUGGACACAUGGGAACCUUUCAGACAGCUUCCCUCUCCUGGUGGGAAGCUUUGCAUUUGCAGCCUCUGGCCCCUUCUGAUUUCGGGGGGAUUCAUACCUUCCUCCCUGCCUGACAGCACAGGUGUCAUUUUGAUCCCCCAUGUACCAUCUUAAAUUGUUUCAGUUCUCUGAGAUUUUAUUCUUGUCACAUGUAAUCUGAGCACUUUUUGUAUUCUAAGAUACAGAAGCUAUAUUAUCAGAUGAAUAUAUUAUUCACUGGAUUGAAAUUAUUUAGAUAAAAAAGUAUUGUUUAUGUUUCAAGCAUUCUAUCCUGUUUCUAUCCAUUUGCAAAUGCCAGUUUUGUGUGAUUUCUUAGCAAAGCCCAAUUAUUUCCUAGAAGAACCUUCUCGGGUUUCUGAACAGCAAAUAAUUUGGUUUAUAAAUAUUGUAUUAUUUCCGUGUGAAUAAAAGUGGCAGAGAAUAUGAACACUUAACCGAAAUGUAUCUCUUGUGACUGGCUUAAAUGAAAGAAAUGAGGCGGGAACUGUUGGAAUAUGUUUGAAUUACAAGUUAUUCAAAAGUGUGUUCCUUUCCUAAGGGAAACCAGUGACCAUAAGUCUGAUUGCAUGUGAUAUUUUUGCCUUCAUAUGUGCUUUUUAAACAAUCCAUUUGAUAAGUCUGAAUGGAAAAAUAAAGCUGUUUCUAUCUGCA